ACUAUCAAGGAAAAAAGUUGAAAAAGAAUAAUAAAGAAGAUACAUAAAGGGUAAGAAAAAAGAGGUAUUAAACGCCGCAGAAAAUAGUGUGUUCAUAUGGUAGAACAUGACUUAAAAAAAUUGGAGGUUAAACAUUGGCAAGGAUUUUCGAAGGGUAUAUUUUAUUAAUUUUAUGUAAAGUGAUAUAUUCCUAUUGAAAUUUGAGAAAACUACUUAUAAUUUUCACUCAUUAUCCAUUUAAAAAUAUUUUCAUAACUAAUUUAACAGUUUAUAGGAAAAACAAAUGUUUUUCUGCCUAUACACCGCGACGAAUAUUGGAUUAUAUUUCCUACAAACCAAAGUGACAGUGGUUGACCUUAAUAUCAAUUUGCAAUAUGGCUUUUUUAGCAGAAAACACGCAAAACUUGUAGAUCAGUUUCAGCGUUCCGUACCUCAUCAGUGCAAUAUUUAAUCUCAAAAAUCUAGAGAUCAACGUUAUCUCCGAAAAGUGUAAAUGAAACGCUCGGCGGUCCAAAACAAACAUCUACAACAUCACUCCAAUUACCUACACGAACUCCUAAUAGUGUGUUGUUAAUGGCAAACAAAACAUAUUCGCGACGUUUCUGAAUUAAGGAACCGUCAAAUUCGUUCCGCAGUGCGAUAAUAAAAGAAAUUGUUCAAAAUAUCUCGUAAAUUUUUCGCCAAAAUGGGCUGUGAACUCGGUAAAUUGGCUGGGAGGGGUCAUGCUGAUAAUAAUGGAAAGUUAGACGAAGUGGGCCCUCCGGCGCAACCUCCACCGGUUGAUUCGCGGUUACCCCUCACGGCUAAACAAAAAUAUAGCAUGCUGGCUUCGUGGAAGGGAAUUAGCAGAGCUAUGGAGAGCACUGGGGUUUGCAUGUUUCUAAAAUUAUUUGAAGAACACGCCGAGCUAAUCAGCCUUUUCGAAAAAUUCAAAGAGCUGAAAACCAAAGAAGAACAAGCCAACAGUUUGGAACUCCAAGAGCACGCCACUACCGUUAUGAAUACUUUAGAUGAGGGAAUCAAAGGACUCGACAAUUUGGACGCGUUCUUUGAAUACCUCCACCAAGUGGGAGCAACACAUCGUCGGAUACCUGGCUUCAAAGUGGAAUAUUUUUGGAAAAUCGAGAAACCUUUCCUGGAAGCUGUAGAAUUAACGUUAGGAGAUAGAUACACCCAAAACGUAGAAAGUAUAUACAAAAUAACAAUAAAAUUCAUAAUAGAAACAUUGAUAAAAGGUUAUGAUAACGCCAAUAACGCAAACGCACCUACGUGAAGAUCUUCAGACUGAAAAUAAAAAAGUUAAAUGUGUACUGCUAAAAAUACCAAUUUGAUUUUUAUAUAUAGAACCAAAUAUAUCCAAUUAAUCCGAAAAAUAGAAUUUGGGCAAUGCUUUCCCGGAUAUAUAAACAUUCUUUUAUAAAAUGUACAAUUACUUUCAAAAUUUAUUCAUAUAAUGAUUUCUAAAAACAUUAUUUAUAUUUUAAUCAAAAUCCACAUGUUAUUAUCUAGGUUAAGUUUGAUGUUUCUACCCACAGAUUCAAUUAUACUAGACAGGGCAUUCGAUGAAAUUCGUUAGAACGAGAUACAAAGCAGAUUAAGGUAUAGUUAUCUCUUAUUUUUUUACGCAUAAUUCCGAAUCUUGUGAUUUUUUUUCUUCUCUUCUAAUUUUAGUCCCUUUUUGUAAAUAUGAUACCAAUGACUGGUAUCAGUGGAUGGCUGUGUAUCCCAUAUGAAAUCGGCAAUAGAAUAAGAAGCAGAAAAGAUUUUUGUUUCUAUACCAACUUGUCAAAUGUAUUGGAUCACUCUAAAUUAAAUAAAUUUAAAGAAAAUUGAACUAUAAAUAUGAUUUUUGGUUGUUUUGUAUCAAGAAUUGUCAAAAUUUCUACGAUUUUGGAUAUUUUUGGAAUUAAUUUAUUAGAUCUUAGUUAAAUUUCGUAUUCUUUUAAAUCAAUAACUCAUAUACGUAUAAUCAUACUCCGGGAAUGAAUUGUUCAAAAAUGUGUUACCUAUGAACCAAAACCCACCCUUGAGUGUAUCAUGUAAAUAUUUGUGUGUAUGUAUUUGACGUAAGAAUUAGAAAUGAUAGUGUACUAGUUGAAAGAAAAAUGAAUCAAUAUUAUAAAACGUAUCUAAAUGAACAAAUCCUCGAAUAAUUCGCUUAAAAAAUGGAGAUUUUUUUAGGUUUAUUAUUAUUUAGUUUGUAGUUCAUUAUUUCUAGACUGUAUAAUUUUAGUAUGAACAAUAUUUCAUGACAUCGCUUCCAAUUCCAUAAUUACGUAGUUAGUGACGUAAUAUUUAAACUACGAAUUGAAUGUCCUUGUAACUAAAUUGAAAUUACACCUCUGAUUUAGAUUAGAACGUUUUUUUUAUAGACUAAAGGUCUUAAAUAGAAAGUUCCUCAACAGCUUGAAAAUCGACGUUUUGAUAAAUAUAUUAUCGUCAUCUGGGCAGUACACAAAUAAAAAUAACCGAAACAACACAGACGAACUUUUAAAAAGUCCUAGCUUGAUUCCAAAGCCAUUCAUAUCUAAGUAGUACCUGGUACUUCAUAUUGAAUUCCUCUGCUCUUAUUAUGUGAAAAUUCAACGAUUUUUUUACGCUUUUUAUACAAUUUUUGUGAAAUUUUUAAAAAUAAAUAGUAAAAAAUACAUAAAACAUCAAAUUAAUUCUUUUUAAUAAUAAUUUUAGUAAUAAAUACACGUUCAAUCCAAAAAUUCGCUAAAAAUAACACAGUAAACAAAGCACACCCUAAAUUCAACUUUUAAUACGGUCAGAUAUUCACGUAAAGUUGUUUAUAUCGUUGUCUCUUUUUACGAUUUAAUGUCAAUGUCAAUGUCAAUUUAAAGAAACUGCUACGUAUGUCUUUUAGUUGAUCUUGUAGAGAAGACAAUCGAUCUAAUGUUGUUAUUUUUGAUUUCUAUUAAUAGAAGAAGACAGUAUGUAGAAAAUAUGUGUUUCAUAUAUCAUAGAUUGAGUCACGUGAUGGAAGAACUUCACCGUUUCUACUAGAUUAUUCUUUCCCUUUUCUUACUUAGCAUUCGUUAAAAUUUUUAUCUCUUUUUAUUCGAGGAUAUGUUUACAGAUAAUGCUUCUUGUAGAUUAACAUUAGUACUUAUGUCAAUUGUCUAAAUGUAAGAUAGAAAAUAACUAAAUAUAUCGCAAAAAAAUAAUACCAUCUGUUUGAACAUUUUAAAACUUCUGAGUAUAUAAAUACAGACUUUUUAUAAAUGGAUACUUAUUUUGAAUUAAAAAUCAAUUUGAUUCUAUGAUGAGUUACAUCUAAAUGUCGACCGGAAAUUCCAGUUUGGUAAAUAUUUAGAAGGGGGGCUCCACCCCAACCUUACUCCAAAAAUUGUUUGCUGCACUUCUGAUCCUUUCAGGGGAUAAAAUUAUCAACAAUUACAAAAUAAUCAACAAUUACAUUACAUGACUGCCACGUCCUUCAUACCUAUAAUAUUAAAUGGAAGAAAUACAUAAAUAUUUCACGAUAAGCUUCCAACGAUUGACCUAACCUAAUUUAACCUAACCUAACCUAACCUCUAGAUGACAGCGUAUUCCGAUAUGAUUGGAUACUUAUUGAUAUUCAAUAUGCAUAAGAUAAUGAGUGUUAUGAUGGAAAAUAUGUGUCUCCCCCACCCUUAAAGUACUUUCGCAGCACUAAAAAACAACCCUAUAGGUAUAUUCGAAGUUUAUUUCCAAUGAAAAACAUCGUGGCGCUUUCCGCCGUUUAUUACGUAUCCACCCCUUGCUUCGCCAAUUAUAAGAGAGAAACAGAUUUAGUUAUAAACCCAACGUUGCAGAGACAUUUAAAAUUUCGAAAGUUUAUUCUAAUAAAAUGAAAUAAUUAUUCGCGGCAGCGGAUUUUUUAAUGAUUAGCAUAUAAAUGAGAACGAACUCGAAAAGUAUAAAAAGUUUGAUGUAUAGAAAUUUGUUCAAUAAUAAAAUUCAUCUAUGAUAGAUUGGUAAUUAUUUUUUGUACAGACUGUAAUAAAACAUUCAUUCAUUUUUCUUCCAACGCAGCUGAAUAAUAUUAACAAUAUGUAUGUUUACAAUGAUAAAACAGAUAUUAUUUUGUAAUAAUAGAUUUAGACUAAAUUAUUCCGCUUAGUUCUACCUCUAUUAUUAUUGAAGUACUCCAUCAAAAUCAACUGAGAUCUGUUUUUAAUGUAUGUAAUGAUAUUUUAACUAGUAUUAAAAAUUAUACCAUCAAUUGUUGGUUAGAUAUAACUCAGAUACAUUUACAUACAUUUAUACAAAAUCAACAAGCUUCAACUUCAUUUUCAACUAAAAAAAUAUCAAAGGUAAAAUCAUUCCACUUAAAAUUAAAUAAAAUAAAUAAAAAAUAAUUAUAUGAAAAGCAAUCGUAAAUAGUAAUGAGUUAAACGAUAAUUAUCGAAAUGAUUUUCAACUUCUUUCUUAUAAAUAGUUAAUCACUACCACGUAUAAAACUAAGUAUAUGUUUUGAAUCUCAUAAAUAAAAAGAAAUGACUACGUUUCUUUCAUUUAUUUCUGAAUCCGCAGAAAUACAUACUUAAAAUAUUUAUUCCUUCUAUUUCUAUAUUGUUAAUGAACUAUUUUGUUAAACAGAUCGAAUUUACUAACGUUUAGAGAAACUUUUAAAUACCUCCUGUAUAACAAAAAUAUUGUUGCAUCCUCAUAACCUCAGAAAUACACACAUGUUUCACUAUUUAUGUAAGACGCUACGUGUUAUUAGAUAACCGACCCGACCGUUAAAAUUACAAAAAUUAACAUUAAAUUAGAUGCAAAAAUACAAAAAUAUCUUCACAAUCUGUGAGCUACAAACAAUUUUCGUUAAAUUAUUUCACUGUGAUUUUAUAACACUUCCUAUACCUGAACGGAAGUUCCCUGAACCCCCUAACCUCUAACGAAAUUAGGUUAGGAAUUUAUUAUGUCAAAGGGCUGACAUCUCAUUCCUUAUUCUUGUAGUAACUCGAUCAAAAGUUACUUUGGCUAAGUGAUUUAAAGGAAGAGGCCAAACAGAAAAAGAA